AUGCAAUCUUCUUUUCCAACCUCUGAACAGAUGGAUGCUCUUAUUGCAGAACUUCAGCGAACUGCAAGGAAGCCUCCCCAAACAGUUCCUGUUGAUACUGAACCUCCAUCUAGAAGUGAUCCAGAAGACUCAGCCAACGCUUUACUCCCAAGGAAGCGAAAGAGAAGAGAUCCAAGGCCAGGAGUGCUUAACACAGACCCAGUUCACAAGAAAUCUACACCGAUUGAGUCUGGUUCUAUGGCUCAAAACAUGCAAAGCCCAGUUACUGAGACCUCUCCAGUGACUCAAGAAAUGUCAAGCCCGUUCACUGAAUCCAUUCCUAUGGAUCAAGAUUUUCAAAGCUCGGUUAUUGAAGAAGAUGUCAUACCUUCAGAAGGAGCUCAAGCCUCAGGAAGCUCAUUUGAAAUACAUGAGCUGGACAUCUCCAAAGGCAAAAUCAAGUUUCCUAAAUCCAAAUUAGUUGAUGUGGUUCUGCUUCAGAACAGAGUCUUUAAUUUGGUACCAAGCUCUGCUGAAAAAGAUUUGAUUAUUGGAAAGCAGGACAUUUGA